CAGGCAGAGUUAAAAAACAAAUUUUCCCAGAUUUACCAUCAAAUUUCAAAUCAUAUCAUUUGGAGACAAGAGUACAAGUUAAAACCCAGGUGUUCUGUAUAAAACUGAAUUUAUUUUGGGCUAUUUAAUGAUAGUGAUGUUUAGCAGUACCCGAAAUUUACUGCGGUUCUGAGUUUCUGCUCUUGAGUUCCCCCAGCAUAGUUGUCCCGUAAUUUAUCAUCGGUUCUUCAUAUACACUGAGCCCUAUGAUUUGCAAAUGGCGAUUUUGGGAUAGCGUUAUCCGUUUGUUUUUGAAUUGCUCUGGAAUUUUUCGUGGAACAUGUCUCCGUUUUGUCAUGUUUUUGGGGCUUUGAUUCAUGAUUUACACAUGCAGCUUGUUUCCAGGUUCCAUAACUGAGUUCAGCGCAUUUCAUGAUUUCUUUUGCAACUGGAACCAGUCUGUCUGCGGGAUUUCAACUGUCAUUGUGUUUGUGACCAGGAAUAAUACUGGUUAAAUCUCCAGCGGUUAUACGGUUGCUCGUUUGCAUGGUUUAUUGAUGGGAUGGAUACUUUGUGGAAAAAACUCCGUGGCAAAAGCCAUUCUGUGGAUCAGGAUGUCCGGCAAAAAGGACUGCAGCAAAUGCUCCAGUACAAAAGGACUGUGCAGCACGGAUUCCCUAACCGACCGUCGGCGUUGGCUUAUGAUCCGAAGCUCAGAAUCAUUGCGAUUGGAACGCAGAGUGGGAGUAUAAAAAUAUACGGUUCUCCUGGUGUCGAAUGUUAUGCACAGCAUGAGACGGAUAUCGUUGUAAAUCACAUUGUCUUCCUACCUAAUCAGGGUCGAUUUGUCAGCAUUUGUGAGGAUAACACAGUUUAUCUGUGGGAGAUUGCUAGCCGAGACAAGAGCAUCUUUGUGGAGUGCAUUAACAAUGUUAAAUUAGAAGGAAGGUCGAAAAAGAUUUCGACAGUUUGUUUGGCGUCCGUUGGCGAUCAGCUGUACAUUGGCACGGAAGGCGGCAACGUGCACGUUCUUAAUUACAAUACGUUCGAAUUCACCGAAGCAUCGACAAUUUAUAUUGAUAAUGCUACUCAAAAUUCCGCCAGCCCAUCAAGAGCCUCUCCGGGCGCUGUGGAGGCGCUUGCGGAAAACCCUGUCAACUGUGACCAGUUGCUGAUCGGUUAUAACAAAGGCCUUAUGGUUAUCUGGGAUUUCAAGGAGCAAAAGGCUGUCCGUUCCUUCUGGGCUGGUCAGCAACUGGAAUCAUUAUCUUGGUCUAGCGACGGUGCUCGCUUUUAUUCUUCUCACAACGAUGGCAGCUAUAUUGCAUGGGACCCGCGAAUGUCGGAACCGGCGGAAAAGCCCAAUUUUCCAUACGGGCCUUUCCCAUGUAAACCCAUACCAAAGUUACUCUGGAAGACAUCCGGAGGAUCUCAUCCUUUUAUUGUGUUCUCGGGCGGCAUGCCGAGAUCGCGCUAUGGAGACCACCAAACGGUCACCGUUAUGCAGGGAGAUAACCAUGUUGUAUUUGAUUUUACCUCCCGAGUGGUGGAUUUUUUUACUGUUGAUUCCAGCGGGGUAUCAGAUACUGCGAAUCCCGAGGCACUGGUAGUUCUUCUGGAGGAAGAACUGAUAGCCGUCGAUCUCACAACGGAAAAGUGGCCAAUAUUUCAGUUGCCUUAUUUGUUCGUUAUGCAUUCCUCGUCUAUAACAUGCUCACAUCAUGUCAGCAGCGUAUCAGAGGAGUUUUGGGAUGCUUUAACGCAUGCUGGUCGCCAGCAAGAACGAGGACAUUUCUCCAGCAAACCUUGGCCAAUAUCAGGCGGACAUACGUACAAAGAGAGCAAUGAGAACCGGGAUAUUUUUCUAACUGGACACGAAGAUGGUUCAGUCCGCUUCUGGGAUGUAUCGGGAAACCAUCUGAGAAUAUUAUACACACUGAAAACGGCAAAUUUAUUUAAAACGGAUGAUAUGGAUGGUGACGAUGAAGAAAUUGCUCCGGCUGAAGAAGAAGAAGCCGAAGAAUGGCCGCCGUUCAGGAAGACAGGAAGUUUCGAUCCGUUCAGUGAUGAUCCGCGGUUAGCAGUGCAGAAGGUGGAAUUUUGUAUGAAAACAAACGUUUUGCUAGUGGCUGGGACAUCAGGACAGAUUGUUGUUUUCGAUUUUAAAAAGAUCCCUAAGGCUGGGAAAACUAUGGAUCAUGUAACGGUGAAUUUGGUCGGCGAUCGAGACGGCUUUGUAUGGAAAGGACAUAGUCCGCUGAAACUGAAAACUUCCGUCAUUAAGUCCGAAAGCGGAUUUCAGCCCCAUACAGUGGUUCAAAUCAUGCCACCAGCAGCUUGUACUGCGCUGACGCUUCAGUCCGAAUGGCAGCUAUUUGGCGCCGGUACGGCGCAUGGGUUUGUUUUGUUGGAUUAUAAUCGAUGGAAGGCGGUUGUAACACGCUGUACACUCCAGAAUCUGGAGAGUGUUAACGGGUUGGACCCGUCAAUGACCAGAAGGAAGUCGUUUAAAAAAUCCUUACGGGAAUCCUUUCGACGCAUGCGACGGGGCCGGUCGCAAAUGGCAAUCAAACGUGGACCGGAUGGCGACAAGGCCAGUCCUUCUCGAGAUGUGACAGCUCACAUCGAAACCCGCCCCGUGGAACGGGAGAUCGAAGCCCGCGCAGUUGACAAUGAAAUGGCUUCUGUGGUCCGCUGUUUACAAUUGGUGUCAUGCUAUAUUUUGAAUAAUGUUGUUAGUUCUCCGACGUUUUGGGUUGGAACAAACAGUGGCGGAGUGCUAAUUUAUACACUCGUGUUACCGUUGGCGGAAAACAGACGAGAGGAGGAAGUCCAUGCUAGUUUAAGCAAAGAGAUUCAGUUGCAGCAUCAUGCACCGGUUGUGCACGUUGCUGCUAUCGACGCACAUGGAUGUCCGGUUAAUGAGAAGCCAUCGAGCAAGGACAGUAGUAUUGAAUCGAGUCAAAAAGUCGUGAUAUGUUCCGAAGAACAGUUUAAGAUAUUUCAUUUGCCUAGUCUGAAACCGUACACGAAAUUCAAGUUGACUGCGAGCGAAGGAGCUUUAAUCAGGAAAGUUCGCAUUGUUAGAUUCGCCAGCAGAUCGGACGAUGAUCCGACAAUGCGAGAGUAUUGCUUGGCCUGUUUGACCAAUCAAGGCGAUAUUCACAUAUUCAGUCUUCCUAGUCUUCAGCGACUCCUUAAGCAAGAAUGCAUAAAGCGGGAAAAUAUCCACGGUAUAACGACUUUGACCUUUACCAAAACCGGACAGGGAUUCUAUCAGAAAUCUCCUAGUGAAUUUCAGAGGUUUACUCUGACGGCGCGAAAUGUUAUGGAGCCGCUGUGCGCGAUUGAUAUUCCUGAUAAUAUGCGGUUAGCGGAAACCCCGCGACCACCGCACAGUCCGUUAAGCCACACAUCCAAUAGUCCGAGGCUACGUUCUUUGAACAAAAGUUCCCCUGAAUCUGGAAUCAGUAUCAAUAACCAUGUUUAUGCCCGAAACAUAAACAAUUCCGGUAUGCGGUCGCCGGAUACAUCGAAUUUGAACGAAUCUAUCAAAAGCGAGACAUCGGGAGAAGACAGCAUCCGAAUCUAUCCUGUUGAUGGACAUGUUACGGUAACGCAGCUACGCUCUCCCGACAAACAAGACCGUGCACCAAGUUCCUAAAAUGUUUUGGCACCACUUUGUACUGAUUGUAUUCUUGUAUGUACAAUUUUUUGAUAACCCGACACUUGAAAAUUGUAGUUCAUGUUGUGUGCGUUUCUUAUGGUGAUCUUCCGUGACAGCUUUCCUCUCCAUUUUUGUUUUUAUCGGCUUUUAUGCCAUUUUUAUCUUCUGUAAGAGUUGCUGGGUUGUUAUUUAAAGUUUCCGGUUACUGUUUUUAAAUUUUCUAUGGAGCAGACGAGCAGUGGUACAUAAACUCAUGCAAACGA